AUGAAUUGGAUCGUUAAAACAACGGAUAUAAAGUCAGCUUUUCUUCAAGGGAAGUUAUUAGAUAGAGAUGUUUUUCUGAAGCCCCCAAAAGAAAGCAAUUCUGAGAAAGGAAAAAUAUGGAGAUUAAAGCACUGUUUGUAUGGACUUAAAGAUGGAGCUAGACAAUUCUAUUUAAGUGUAAGGGAAGAGCUUCUAAGUUUGGGGUGUAAACAAUGUAAUCUGGACCCGGCAGUGUUUGUCAAACAUACUGACCAACGUUUAAGUGGAAUAAUUUGUUGUCAUGUAGAUGACUUUCUUCAUUCUGGGGAUGAAAAUUUUGAGGAAGUUAUGAGAAAACUGCGGACAAGAUUUGUUGCUGGAAAAAUUGAAGAGAAAACAUUUUCAUAUGUAGGAUUUCAAAUUCAUCAGGACAAAAAAGGCAUAAUUCUGGAUCAUUCUGCAUAUAUGGAGAAAAUAGAUAAUACAACUAUAGAACCAUCAAGAGCUGCUAUGAAACAGGAUGUACUUAAUACAAGUGAGCAAACCUUGUAUAGGAAGUUAAUUGGCCAAAUAAAUUGGGCUGUUCAAGUUUCAAGACCUGAUAUGGCUUUUGAAAUGAUAGACAUGAGUACUAAACUGAAAGAAGGGACAGUGGCACAUUUGAUAAGAGCAAUCAAAGCAAGUAAUAGACUUAAGGAAAUUAAAUCAAUAGUUUCAUUUCCAAAAAUGAAUAAAGAUAUAAAAGAAUGGAAAAUUAUCGUUUUAACAGACGCCUCUCUGGGAAAUAUUAGUAAUGGAACUGGAAGUACAGAGUCUCAUGUAAUUUGGAUAGUUGAUAAUGACAGUAAUAGCUGUCCGAUAAGUUGGCAAGCAAACAAAAUCAAACGUGUAGUAAGAUCAACAAUUGCAGCAGAAGCCUUAAGCUUACAAGAUGGGUUAGAGUCUAGUUUUUAUCACCGUCGAAUAAUUGAAGACAUUUUAGGAUUAAAACAUAAGACUAUACCAAUUGAAGCUUACAUUGACAAUAAAAGUGUAGUUGAAGCUGUUUAUUCGACUAAACUUGUAGAUGACAAGCGUUUAAGAAUUGACAUUGCAGCAAUAGCUGAAUCAUUGGCAUCAAAAGAAGUAGAUAAUAUUAAAUGGUGUCCAGGAGACAAACAAUUAGCAAACUGCAUGACAAAGUUUGGAGCUUCAUCUUAUGAACUUUUGCAAGUUAUUCAAACAGGAAAAAUGUUGAAGGACUUUGUUUAA